UGAGAGGAUUGAUCGCUCAGCAAAGAAUCGUAACUUUAAUUUGUUCUGCAGCCCCCCCGAGGAACACCACGGUCCUCAUCCUGCCCUCUACGGUGGUCCAGGAGGGACAAAACGUCACCGUCUGCUGCCAGACCAUCAGCUUCCCGCCGUCAGCCGUCGUCCUGAAGAAGCUGUCCAAUGGGACGGAGUUAUAUUCAAACAAUGGUACCUUCCUAUUGGUCAACGUGACGGCCAGAGACUCCGGGCUGUACCAGGUCAACGUGACCAACGAGCUCGGAUACCAGGUCAAAGUGUUCAGCAUCAGAGUCAGAGAGAGAAUCACCAGCCUGCCUCCCAGGCUCAGCGGCGUCCUCGUCCCAGUCGUCUGCGCUGCCGCUGGGCUCGCAGCUGCUGCUUUGCUCCUUGACUACCUGAGGAGCUCCAGGAAGAAAGGCUUCUAUCAGCUGCCCCAGUCUGCCCCACCUUCAGCCUGAGGGAGGCUGACACCUGGCUACUCACCUCCAACAUGUGACAUCUGUCUUUUAUCAUGUGGCUACCACAUCCCAACAUGUGACUACUACCUGCCAAACGGUGACUUCCAACUGUUUCAGCAUGUGAUUUCAAUAUGUUAAUAUGUGGCUACAAGGUUACACAUGCAAACUUAUUUUUCGAACUAUCCUGCGCUUUACUGGGAACUAUCAAUAUUUCAACAUGUGACUACGACCUGCCAAAAUGUAGCCUCCACAUCCUAAAAUGUUUCAUAUCCCAACUAUGUGGCUAUCACCUCCAAAUUUGCAUCCCAACAUGAUGCACCGUCAUGUGGCUACAAAGUCAAGGAAUGUGGCAACGAAGUUCCAAAAUUGUCACAGCAUGUGGCUUUGAUAUACGAACCUGUGGUUACUGUGUCCAAGCAUGUGGAUACCACCUGCCAAAUUGGGCUGGCCCCAUUGAGCCCAUGAGCAACUUAACCUUGAGCUGCUCCAGGGGGUCUGUCCCUGUAGUGAGUUCAUUGUAAGCUCGAGAUAAGAGCAACACUUGGCUACCACAACCCCAAAUAUGGCUACCAAAUUCCAACACAUGGUUGCAUCAUUUCAAGACAUUCAGCAUGGGACUACUUCCUGUGGCUCUCUGCACCCUCCCAACUCCAGGGAGGCUAGUUGUUCAUUCAGGGCUAAAUUAAACUACAACAGGCUUAACUCCCGUCGGCUAUAGACACAGCAGAGCCCGUCUGUGGGCAACACCAAUGUUUAAUGUUUAUUAGGCUUUAACUCAUCAAAACUUGGGUUUAGUCUCAUUUUCAGGACAGGACUUGCGAUGCUCGUGCUAUGUGCUUCGGGACCGUCCCCUAUGGUAAACGAGUGUCACAUGUUGUGUUCACAUCCACACAUGCGGCGACACCAUCCGUUGCUCCAUCAUGUGAACAGCAGCUAACGUCAUUUAUCACUUUUAUCAGCUGUGAACCUUUAUGUUUCUUUAUUUGAGGGAGGACGGUAGACAGAUGUUUGUCUUCUGUCAGAUGUUUGUCUUCAGCUUCCAACACUUUGUUUUAUCAGCAGAAGAAGAAGAUCUCUGCUGGUCCUUCAGACCCGCUGGAGCCGACUGUACAUUUGUUUUUCACUCUGUGCUUUGAUUAAAGAUAUUUAUUUCAUCA